AUUUUCUUAAUUUUAGAAGGGAAAGCAAGAGAGCAUGUCAAACAACCCUAGCACUAGCAGAACCUAAAUCUACUUGCAUAAGAACUCAAAAAAGUCAUCAAAAACACCGUCAUCAGACGACGAGAGUGGAGCUAUGGCAGCCAAAACCUUUGCCUUUUCUUCCAACGAGGCUAAUUGAUUGUAGUUGAUCAUUGUUUUGUACAUUUGGGAUGAUGAUGCGUACUGUCUCUCUACCAUUGUCUCAUGAUCUGAAUGUUCAUAAGAUCCAUGAACCUUCUGGAUACCAUAAUAGUGCAGCUGGUAAAAAUCGUGUGUAUCUGACUCGGACUGGUCUUUCAUCAUGUGCCACGAGACAAGACGUUUGGAGUCUUCAGCUUCUAGAGAGCUUGAGUGGUUCAAUAGUACCUGUAUCAUCUAGGUGUAAUGCAUUCGUUUGCCGGUCAGCUCUCUUUCCCGGGAAUGGAAAUGAAGGCCCUAUUCUUAAAUCAACUGGAGGCAUAUGAUGCUUUACACGGAAAUCCUCAUUUAAUGAAACUAAUUCCAGCAGUUGGGAUUCUUGCAUUUGCUACAUGGGGUCUUAGACCCCUUCUGCGCCUUGCCAGAGCUACCCUGUUUGAGAAGGGGAAUGAUGCAAAUUCACAGAAGAGUAGCACACAAUACAUUGUUGUGUCAUACCUUCAGCCUUUGCUGCUUUGGAGCGGAGCAAUCCUUUUAUGCAGAACAUUGGACCCAAUAGUAUUGCCUUCAAGUGCCAGCCAGGCUGUUAAACAGCGUCUUCUGACCUUUGCUCGGUCCAUGUCAACGGUGUUGGCAUUUGCUUACUGUUUAUCAAGCCUACUUCAGCAGGUGCAGAAAUAUUUUAUGGAGACAAAUAAUCCUGCUGAUACCAGAAAUAUGGGUUUCAGUUUUGCUGGGAAAGCUGUUUACACUGCUGCGUGGGUUGCUGCUGCUUCAUUGUUUAUGGAGCUGUUGGGCUUCUCUACCCAAAAGUGGCUAACGGCUGGGGGUCUGGGGACAGUACUGCUAACUCUUGCUGGUCGUGAGAUACUUACAAACUUUCUUUCAAGCAUUAUGAUUCAUGCUACACGGCCCUUUGUUCUGAAUGAGUGGAUCCAGACCAAGAUAGGAGGCUAUGAAGUUUCUGGCACAGUAGAGCGUGUCGGUUGGUGGUCACCUACAAUUAUCAGAGGUGAUGACCGUGAAGCAGUUCAUAUUCCUAACCACCAGUUUAGUGUGAAUAUUGUGAGAAAUCUCACUCAGAAGACGCAUUGGCGCAUCAAAACACAUCUUGCCAUCAGUCAUCUUGAUGUCAGCAAAAUUAAUAAUAUCGUGGCUGAUAUGCGCAAGGUAUUGUCUAAAAACCCUCAAAUCGAGCAGCAAAAAAUACACAGAAGAGUCUUUUUGGAGGAUAUAGAUCCAGAGAACCAAGCCCUGAGGAUCCUAAUAUCCUGUUUUGUAAAGACUUCACGUUUUGAAGAAUACCUGUGCGUUAAGGAAGCAGUGCUCUUGGAUCUUCUUACUGUUAUUAGGCAUCACGGGGCACGUCUAGCAACUCCCAUUAGAACAGUACAGAGGAUGCGUAAUGAGGCUGAGGUGGACAGUGCAGGAUUUUCAGACAUCAUUUUCAAUCAAGCAGCGAUGAACCGUCGAUUCAUGCUGAUUGAGCCUUCCUAUAAAAUCAACAGCGAUGACAACUCAAAGUCUCCUUCACCCAGCCCAGGGCAAAAGAGUGAAGAAAGGGACCUUCAAGAAGAACCAUCGGAAACCAAGGCCGAAACAGAAAACAACGGAUCAGCGCCAGUGCCGAUUUCAAAUGCCAAAACAGAGAAACAGAAAACGGCUCUUGGUUCCAACUCCAGUACAGGCACUAAGGGUUCACCAACCUCAACAUCCGACCAGCCAGUAGCACAAAAGUCAGAAGAAAAGAAGAAAGAGAGCGUGGGAGAUUCAAAUAAAGCAGAGAAGGAUGAAGUUUCUGAUGACGAAGGUACAACAGAGCAGACAUUGAAAUCAAAAGCAAGACAGGUGACUGAAAAGAGCAGUGGAGAUUCGAAAGCUCGAGAUGGUGGUGGGUCUGGUACCAGUUCAUUUCUGGAGGAGAACCUUGUUCUGGGUGUUGCGUUGGAUGGCUCAAAACGUACACUCCCGAUUGAUGAAGAACUCAAAGCAUCCGGUGCAGUAAUGGAUUCUGAAGAACUUGGUAUUGGAUCAGAAUGAGUAGACGGAUAAGAGGUAUAAAGAAAUUUGUGUUCC